CGGGUAUGAGGACAAUGGAGGAUUGAGCGAACGCUGACGGGCGAAUAUUCGGGCCUCGUGGCAGACUGUGUUUGGCUACAGUGCCCCGCUCUUAUGGUCGGCUGCAAGCUGCUGUCGCCAAGUUCAGAUCCUAAAACGCGAACUUGUUGUCAACAGUUCAGACGCGGCGGCACUAUUAUCUCGAUUUGCUUUUAUUCUUCUCCGUCGGAGAAGUGGGCGUCAUGAUAUUGUCCACUUUUAUGCUCCACUGUACUUGACUCUUUCUCUUUCUUCUCUCAUCUUUCUUUUCGUCUCUUCUCCUGUUAUAUAUCCGGUCCGGGGCGUUUCCCUCACAGCCAUCUGCAGUAAAAGUAUUCUCUAUCAUCAUGACAGUGCACGAGGUGACGAUAACCCAUGUGUUAACAGAACAGGGCCACGAGUUUCGGGCAGAUCGCAAAAAUUCGCCACCCUUUCAAUUCGAGCCACUCUCUCCGUCACCUCGACCACGCACCGCUAGACCCAUGCCCCAACGUACUCCGAGUCCUUCGGAUGACGACAACGAAGCUCGCACGUAUCCGUUUGUACUAAGGAAGCCAUUCAAAGACCCGUAUGAGACGCUUUUCGACGCUCAUAACGUCGCGCAGUUAUUCAUCGCAACGAUCCCGACUAAUCUACCUCGAAUGCUUGAUCUUAUCGUGCUUCAAGAUGGACCCUUUAUGCCUACACAUAUUCUAGCUAUUUACGAUACCCCCGAUCCGACGAUACCCUCCGGUUCAGCUGUCCCUCAACCUACGGCAAACCCUCCCAUAUUAGCUCCCAUUAAUGCCGAACAAAUGACCAGGAAGUUCACCAAUGACUUCUCACACUUCUUCCCAGAACUUUACUCCGGUUCUUCAUCAUAUGAGCCACCGUCGUCGCACUGGGAUGAACAAAGGCGUAGGAUGAUUAUCACCUUACCUGUAAUACAGUUCGUGGUUCCUCAUCCACCCUCUUUCACGCUUCUCCUCCUCUUUGGUCUUGGGCUUCACGCCAAUUAUGACCUGAAUGAGCUAGAAGAAGUCCCUCCCUCUCCCUCCGAUGCUCCGCAGAACCUUGAGCCCGAUUCGUCCCCAUCGUACCGCAGUGCCCAUUCCGAUUCUUCUUUUUCAUCGACUCCUUCGAUGCAAUCCUCCACGUCAGCCCACUCUUCAGCGCCAGAACAAUCUUCCACUUCCGCCCAGUCCUCGACUUCAACGUCAGCCUCAUCGCCUAACACGCCACAUCCUCUUCAAAUUCAGUCGACGCAGCCAAGUCGCAGCACCACGCCUUACCCAUUGGGGCAGAAAACAAGCACAGGUCUCCUCGCUACCUACCUCCUCCCAAUUCGCGUCAUUGAAGAAUUUCCGGCCGCCAAUGCUAUGGCCCAAAUACUUGCGCGACGUUGUAGUCUUCAGAAACUCCAAUCACUGGUGGAGUUCAACGGAGGUCUGUGGAGAAACACGCUUUCCCUUGCACCAAAGGACACAGAUAUCAUUGAAAUAGUCCGAACGGCAUGGAAUGUAACUCGGGAGGCAAAGAGGUUGCUCCAUACUCUCCGUACGUGGGAGGUAAUGGCCCAAUGACUUGCUAACUAUUCAACUCAUUCACUGCGUUGGCAAGUUAGAAGGAUCUUGGCAAUGCACGGGGGGGCUGAUGGGCAUUUGUUUUGACGGGUUUGGGAAGUGAUUUGCCCUGGUAAUGUCUCGCGGGUGGCGGGCUGCAUGUCCGUCUUUGAUUUAUUGCACUAUACCUCGGAGGCCCGAUAUACAACUACGUCACGAUCAUCGUCACUGCACGCCCGAUAGUCUCCCGUCUUCAUCCCGCUCGAACCAUGCCGUUUCGGAAUCCUUUUUCGUCCAUAUCCUUGCUCGUCGUCAUACCCUAUGCAAACUCAAAAGAAUCACAACAUAGUUCCCAAUCGAUCACUCGCGUCUUCCGUUUCGCUUAUGUUUCCCACUUUCGUUCUAUCUAGGACAUUUACCAACCAAUAUUAUACCAGCAAAAUACUAUUCACGUUCAUUUACUGUUUUCAAUGUUGCAUUUAUAGCUUAUAGCGCUGCUUAUAAUCUUCCCUGUAUCGCCUCCGCACGCCUCCACUCGUUGUAGCCAUCCUCAUUCAACACACGCUAAUACUUAGCAUAGUCUUGCACUGUCUCAUUCUUUUCUUGCUACCAUACAACAUUCGUUUAUACACUACCUUCAUUGAUCACCCACU